AACCUCCCCAACCCGAACAGUCCAACAGCCACCCGCUGAUGGUGAGUGGCCACAGCCCACCUUCUUUUAACGACAAUUCCUAUAUAAAUUCAAUUUCCCUCUACUCUUCUCCUAUAUUAAAACUCCCAGGUUGUUUCUUUUUCUAAUUACUUAAGGCGGAGAGUCCGAUUCUUUUGGAUUCAAGGGUUGGUGCUUCUGCAGCUAAAUAUCAUGGCAACUGGCCAACUUUUCUCGAAAACUACACAAGCAUUAUUUUACAAUUACAAGCAACUGCCUAUUCAGCGGAUGCUUGAUUUUGACUUCCUUUGUGGGAGAGAAACACCUUCUGUUGCUGGAAUUAUAAAUCCUGGUUCCGAGGGAUUCCAGAAACUCUUUUUUGGUCAAGAGGAAAUUGCAAUUCCUGUUCACUCCACUAUUGAAGCUGCCUGUGCUGCACAUCCUACAGCUGAUGUUUUCAUUAACUUUGCAUCAUUUAGAAGUGCUGCUGCUUCGUCCUUGUCCGCUCUUAAGCAGCCAACCAUUAAAGUUGUGGCUAUUAUAGCUGAGGGUGUCCCAGAAUCAGACACCAAGCAAUUGAUUGGGUAUGCAAAGGCAAACAAUAAGGUUGUCAUUGGCCCGGCUACAGUCGGUGGUAUUCAAGCUGGAGCAUUUAAGAUUGGUGAUACUGCUGGAACAAUUGAUAAUAUUAUUCACUGCAAGUUGUACAGACCUGGAUCUGUUGGCUUUGUGUCCAAAUCUGGUGGUAUGUCUAAUGAAUUAUACAACACCAUUGCCCGUGUCAGUGAUGGAAUUUAUGAAGGUGUUGCCAUUGGAGGAGAUGUGUUCCCUGGGUCAACGCUUUCUGAUCAUGUCCUGCGGUUUAACAAUAUCCCUCAGGUCAAAAUGAUAGUUGUUCUCGGUGAACUUGGUGGACGUGAUGAAUAUUCCCUAGUCGAGGCUCUCAAACAGGGGAAAAUCAACAAACCUGUGGUUGCUUGGGUCAGUGGAACUUGUGCUAGGCUUUUCAAAUCAGAAGUACAGUUUGGUCAUGCGGGGGCAAAGAGUGGUGGUGAGAUUGAGUCUGCACAGGCCAAGAAUGAAGCACUUAGGGAAGCUGGAGCUGUCGUUCCCACUUCAUAUGAAGCAUUUGAAGGUGCAAUCAAAGAGACAUUUCAGAAGUUGGUUGAGGAUGGAAAAAUUCCACCAGUGAAGGAGAUGACACCCCCUCAAAUUCCCGAGGAUCUUAAUAUAGCAAUUAAGAGUGGAAAAGUUCGGGCUCCAACACAUAUUAUUUCUACAAUCUCUGAUGAUAGGGGUGAAGAGCCAGCUUAUGCUGGCGUCCCAAUGUCCUCCAUUGUUGAACAGGGAUUAGGUGCAGGUGAUGUCAUUUCCUUAUUGUGGUUCAAACGAAGCCUUCCACGAUAUUGUACACGUUUUAUCGAAAUCUGCAUCAUGUUAUGUGCUGACCAUGGUCCCUGUGUCUCUGGUGCUCACAACACCAUCGUUACUGCUCGGGCUGGAAAAGACCUAGUGUCAAGUCUUGUUUCAGGAUUAUUAACAAUUGGUCCCCGAUUUGGUGGGGCUAUUGAUGAUGCUGCUCGAUACUUCAAGGAUGCUUAUGACAAGAGUCUUACACCUUAUGAAUUUGUUGAAGGCAUGAAAAAGAAGGGCAUUCGUGUACCAGGUAUUGGACACAGAAUCAAGAGCGCUGACAACAGAGAUAAGAGAGUAGAAUUACUACAAAGAUUUGCACGUUCCAAUUUUCCCUCUGUCAAAUACAUGGAAUACGCAGUUGAAGUUGAAACCUACACCCUUUCAAAAGCAAACAACUUAGUGCUUAACGUUGAUGGUGCUAUCGGUUCCCUAUUCUUGGAUCUCCUUGCUGGCAGCGGAAUGUUCACCAAACAAGAAAUCGAUGAAAUUGUCGAGAUUGGUUACCUGAACGGGCUCUUUGUGCUGGCACGUUCCAUUGGUCUCAUUGGGCAUACCUUCGACCAGAAGAGAUUGAAGCAGCCACUUUACCGUCAUCCAUGGGAAGAUGUUCUCUACACCAAGUAAAAUUUUACUGAUAAAAACACGGGUGAUGCUACCGCCACCUGCCACAUACCCGCUUUGAAAUUCAGACUUUUUGUUUUUUCGUCAGUGGUUUACUAAGUAAAUGUCUCGUGUACUUGAAUUCCAAGUUUAGCAUUAGUUCACCAAGAGGGAACACAAUUUUAUCAUUUAUAAUCAAGAAUUAGCCGCCACGAAAAGUUCUAUGUUUGUAGCUUAUGGAAGAAAUAACAUUUGCAUUCUUGUACUGAUUGAAAAUCCUGAUUCUGAUAAAAGGGCUUUUCACCUCUCUUCUUGUAUGACUCAGUGUCUCUUCUGGUCGAGUACAUUGUUUUCUA